AUGAGCGGAACGGCCCAAAAUCACUGGAAGCACACGUGGCCUUGCGCAAGCGUCUUCGGUAUUUAGCGUCUAGACACAGCGUGGGAUUUUGAAUGAUUACAGGCGAUUUUCUGUGCAGUAAUCGAGAAAAAAUCCGAGAUGGAACUGUUCUCGAGAUCGGAGCCGGUGCGACAGGAGUGUGCGGUCUGACGGUGGCGAAAUUGGGAGCGAAAAGAGUGUGGAUGACGGAUCAUCCCAAUCUGAAUACUGUAAAUGAUGACGGGUCAAAAGAGAAGGAAUCUUUUCCAAGCAAAAAAAUUCCAGUUUCUAAAAUAAAUUGUGAUUCCUUCUCUUUUGCUUGAUAAGCACUUAACAUAUUUUUUGCACUAGGCACUACAAACGCUGCAGCGCAAUGUAGAAGCGAACGGCGUUUCCGAUCGGUGUGUGGUUACGGUAAUCUCUCUUUCUUCCAUUCGAGACCAGCCAAACUCAUCCUUGCCAGGGCCUCGACUGGGAAAAGCGCGAUUCGGUGGCGCGCGUGAUCGAUCUGAUCGGCGAUCGGCUCGACUUUGUCAUCGCUUCCGACGUAUUUUUCGAUCCGUCAACCUUUCGCGGUCUUGUCGACACUUUUGCUCAACUUUUGCGGAAAUUCGAGCACGCGACGGUUUGGAUCGCCUACCAGCAGAGAGAGUGAGUGAGACGGGCGGAGAGCGAGAGAAAGAGACGCACUCCGAUACUUCGUUAGUUUGUUCGCUAAUUUCCAAACAAGACUAUCGAUUUGUUUAUGAAAUUAAAUAUGAGUUUUGUUUCAGUGACAACUGGACGUGCGCCCCACAACUCGCCAAUCAUCCGUUCAUUCAAGCAUCUUUAACUCGGAGAAUCGAGACCGAACGGGAGACGAUCGACAUCUUCACGAUGACCGCAAGAGAAGAAUCCCGCGAAUUGUAUGCGGGAAUCGAAGGUGGCGCCACCGGCUCAAACUCGUCAUAAUCGAUGUGGAAACGAACGCUCAAGUCUGGUCAUCCUCUCAGGGAACCAACUUCUAUCUGACCGACUAUAAGAUUAUCUGCAAAAAAAUAGCUGAUUGGAUUCUGGAGGUGUUUGAGAAGGAAGACCUGGACAUUCGGAAUUUGAAGGCGUUAGGAUUAGGUCUGUCUGGAGCCGAAGACGAGGAAUUCAAUCAGCAGUUCGUCGAGCACUUUCGGAAGAAUCACGGUGACAUCACUGACAGCUUUUAUCUAACUUCCGAUUCGGUAAUGACACUUCUGGCCAAUUUUCCUGGAGAAGAAAACGGAAUCGUUCUUAUUGCUGGAACGGGAUCGUCGUGUCGAAUGAAGAAGAGGGAUGGAACGAUCAAAGGAGUCGGCGGGUGGGGACACCAGAUCGGAGACGGCGGAAGUGCGUUCUGGAUAGCAAGGUCCGCCAUUCAAAUGCUUUUCGACGCGGAAGACGGACUCGAAACGGAGUUCAAUACGGACGUGAUCAAACGACUCCUGUUAGAGCACUACAAUAUUGACGACAAGACUCGGAUUCUGGAUUAUUUGUAUUCAAACUUUGAGAAGCAUAAAAUUGCGGAUUUCACAGCCACAUUAGCAAAGAGUGAGUGACUAAUUCAGAAAGAAAGGAAAAUUAGAAUAAUUCCAGAAACGAACGAUCCGGCGAUUGCAGAAGUGUUCAGAAGAGCAGGAAACAUUCUCGGGAAGCACGUCGCUACGGUCGCUAGGAAUCUAUCCGAAGUGAGGACUAAUUGAAAGUAGAUGAAUAACUAUUAAAUGAAGGAGGAUCGGAAGACGCUUCAUGUCGUUCAAAUCGGAGGAGUCUUUCAAUCGUGGCCAGCUCUCCACAAAGGGUUUGUGGAAGCAACGACGGGCAAUGGGAUUCAGAAGAUAGAAAUGUACGAACCGUGCGACUCGCCCGCAGUCGGAUCUGCCGCGUUGGCUGCCAAAGAGAAAAAUGGAACGCUCCUUCCGCAACAAGCCGAGAGGAAGAAGUUAUUGGAAAUUCAACUCGGAUACUAA